UUUCAUCAUGGCUGGCAGUAAGUUGGUGUUAGAAGGCAGAGUAAGUGUAAAAKCUUUUGUUUUGGGGCUCAGCGUGGUUUUAAUCCCGCUCAUCAGAACCUGGUUCGGACAUUUGGACUGGGUCUUUGACUACCUGACGGAAACUCCCGGGAAAAUCGCCAUUUGUGUUUACGUAGCAGUUGUUAACGGCCUCUUGCUGAUCAUCUACAGAGGACCUCUUUACAAGGUGGCGGUGAGAGCCUGCUUCCUGGGCGUUACGUUUGGCUGCGGUUUGAUCAUCAGCUUCUCUGAAACCACGUGGACUCACUUCGGCUGGUACAUGUGCUCGCUGUCGUUCUUCCAUUACUCCGAGUACCUGGUGACGGCCAUCAUUAACCCCCGCAGCCUGUCGCUGGACUCCUUCCUGUUGAACCACAGCGUGGAGUACACGCUGGCCGCCGUGUCGUCGUGGCUGGAGUUCACCGUGGAGAAGCUCACCAUCCCAGAACUGAAACAGUCCAGCUGGCUCAGCCUGGUGGGUCUGCUCAUGGUGCUGUGUGGCGAGGCUCUGAGGAAGGCGGCCAUGUUGACGGCCGGCUCCAACUUCAACCACAUCGUCCAGAACGAGAAGGCCCAGAGCCACGUUCUGGUGACCAGCGGGGUCUAYGCCUUCUUCAGACACCCGUCCUACGUGGGCUGGUUCUACUGGAGCAUAGGGACCCAGAUCAUGCUGUGUAACCCCGUGUGUAUCCUGGGCUACACCGUGGCCAGCUGGAGGUUCUUCAGGGAGCGGAUCGAGGAGGAGGAGCUCUCCCUCAUCCACUUCUUCGCCGAGGACUACGUGGAGUACAAGAGGAGGGUCCCCACCGGUCUGCCCUUCAUCUCAGGGAUCCGGGUCAACUAGUCCCCGGGGAGCCAGACGUGUCGGACUCUGAAACUCCGAGGCUGGCGCCCCCCGGAGGUGAGACCCUGCAGCUCCAGGCAGCUGGACUGCUGGCUGCCUGUUAACGACCAGAAACCUUCACCUGAUCCAGUCUCACCUGAUCCAGUCUCACCUGAUCCAGUCUGCAUGCCGAGCAGUUCUUUCACACUUUCACUCAAAUUAUAGUUCCACAAGAGUUCCAGGGAAAUUUCAUAGAAAAAAACAAACACUUAUUCCACUCAUUUAUCUGUCUGUUAGCAAAAUAUCUGCUGAACCACUGGACUGCUUUAAAUUAAAGUCUUAGAAAAGAAUCUUUGGGUGAAAAUCUGCAACUGAAGAACUUUCUGGAAGUAACCUGAUUCAAGAUGGCCGCCUCGUCUAAUCAGCUUCAACUUUUCCUGACCAGGAGCUGAUCCUGCCGUUCAUCCAGCGAGAUUUUCAACAUUCGACUGAAAACUUUUCAUAAAACUCUUUCAGAGUUUUCAAGAAACUUGUUUUUUUUUUCUGUUUUAGGAGCAAAAACCUGAAGUUUUAUUUAAGAAAAAAAGGUUUUUCUCCCGUGUAGCACCACGCUGACGUUCACACGUUUGAAACACUUUCAUGGUUUCAUCAUCCAGAAAAAAAGAACUUGGUCUGACUGUCGUUUUGCUGAAAACCAAGUCUUCCUGUUUUUCAUCACUUCAGACUGUAAGGUGGACUUAGAGGAUCCAGGAUCAGCAGGAGGAGUCCUGGUCCUCCUGUGAACGACUUGAUCUGAGAGGUUUGGAUUUAAACUACAAACCCAAACGUUGUAGCAGCAGCUGCUCCGGUCGCUGCUCUGAGUUCAGGUCCGACUGGGCUGGGACUAGACCAGACAUGGGCAGUCCUGGUCCUGGAGGGCUGCAGCCCUGCAUGGUUUACUUGUUUCUCUGCUCCAACACACCUGAUAUGAAG